UAAAAAGACAUUCGGGCUUGUCAAACGAAUUUUAAUUUUACGAAAACAUGAAGGGAAAUGCUGGGCGGCUAUCACGGUCGCUUGAGCAUCGAGUCUCUGACGCUUUGAAUAGCUACAAGGAGCAAGGCUAUACCGAUUGGAGUACAUCGACAUUGUACGAGUACCUACAGAAAACCGAUGUUUCAUUAAGACGACAGAAGAAGAAGCAGCUAGAAAACAUAAUCGAAAAAAUAUUGCCUGAUUUCGAAGCAUCUGCUGACGAGGAAAACGAGGGUGAAGUAUCAGAAGACGAAGAUCAAGAUGCCGGAUAUGCUUUGCCAAUUAUGCAGCAAACCAAUUCUAUGAACAGGUCUGUAACAAAUCUGUGGAAUCUCCAAAAGAACGACUCACCAGCAUCGACACCAACGCAAUCGGAAGCUACUACACCUAUUCCACCUUCUGCAACAACAACACCUACGACAGAGGUACCUCCUAUUACUACUGGCGCUGCAACUACCAUAGUGACGGAAGAGAAGAAGUCGUCAAAAAAGCGCAGCAAAGCAGCUGGUGGUGGCACUCCAAAGCGCGUUAGAACCGAAACGCGUGAUGAGCCUUUUGUUCCUUCUGCUCGACUUUCGGAUCUUGGUGGUAUCGAUCAUUGUGUGGAGGAGAUCAUGGAACUUAUUGCUAUGCCUUUGGCACAUCCAGAAGUAUACAUUCACACGGGUGUCCAACCACCACGCGGUGUUUUGCUACAUGGUCCUCCAGGUUGCGGUAAAACACGGUUAGCACAUGCGAUUGCUGGUGAACUGGGUGUACCUUUCCUCAACAUUUCAGCUCCAUCCAUUGUGUCGGGUAUGUCGGGUGAAUCCGAGAAAAAGAUCAGAGACGUUUUUGAAGAUGCAAAGACACACGCACCUUGCUUGUUGUUUAUUGACGAAAUCGACGCAAUUACUCCCAAGAGAGAAACGGCGCAAAGAGAAAUGGAGCGACGUAUCGUGGCACAAUUGCUCACCUGCAUGGAUGAUUUAUCAUGGGACAAAACGAACAAUAGGCCUGUCAUGAUCAUUGGUGCAACCAACCGUCCCGAUUCUUUGGAUCCUGCUUUAAGAAGAGCAGGUAGAUUUGAUAGGGAAAUCAGCAUGGGUGUGCCUGACGAAAAGGCCAGAGAAAAGAUUUUGCGGGUGUUAGCUGAAAAGCUUCGAUUGGAAGGCAAAUUUGAUUUCUUGGCGCUCGCACGGGCCACUCCUGGUUAUGUUGGUGCAGAUCUACAGGCACUUAUCACACAAGCAGGCGUUAUUGCAGUAAAGCGAAUCUUUAAGCAUUUACAGUCAAUUACAAUCUCCUCCACAGUUAACCAGAACAAUGAUGAUACCAACAACACCAAGCCUGAAGAACAGCAGGAACAGCCACAACAACAAUCAGAGCAAGAUAAUGCUAUGGAAGAAGGGGAAGAAGGGGAAGAAGGAGAACAACAGCAACAGCAACAGCAACGGAGUAUCGAGAACGCUAUGGAUAUUGACGCUACUACUGUUACUGAAGAUGCGACGGAAGACAAUCAACCUAUUCCAACUACCACUGUUGAAGAGUUCGAGUCUCAAUCUGCAUUGGAACAACUGCGAUCUAUUGCUGAUUUUAUCCAAAAACACAAGGAACCAUUAACGCCAGCACAGCUUGAAUCUUUGGCCAUUACUGAACACGAUUUCCAAUUGGCUUUACCCAAAGUACAGCCAUCGUCGAAGCGAGAAGGCUUUGCAACAGUACCCGAUGUAUCUUGGGACGACAUUGGUGCUUUACAGUUUGUGCGAGAUGAGUUGCGUAUGGCUGUGGUUGAACCUAUCAAUCAUCCUGAGUUUUUCGAACGCGUUGGUAUCACAUCGCCAGCCGGUGUGCUCUUGUGGGGCCCUCCUGGCUGUGGUAAAACGCUGUUGGCAAAGGCUGUGGCAAACGAAAGCAACACCAAUUUUAUAUCCGUCAAGGGACCAGAGCUAUUAAAUAAGUACGUUGGCGAGAGUGAGCGAGGUGUACGACAAGUAUUUGCCCGUGCUCGAGCAUCAUCCCCAUGUGUUAUUUUCUUCGAUGAAUUAGAUGCUUUAUGUUCUCGACGUGAUGACCAACAGACCGAUUCAUCCGCUCGUGUUGUGAAUACGCUUUUGACCGAAUUGGAUGGUGUUGAAAAUCGUAGCCAAGUUUAUGUCAUUGCUGCUACGAAUCGUCCAGACAUGAUUGAUCCGGCUAUGCUUCGGCCCGGCCGACUGGAUAAGCUGCUCUAUGUAGAGUUACCCACACCUGCUGAACGUCUUGAUAUCCUGACUAAGCUUACAAAGAAAACUCCCUUGGCUGAAGGCCUACCUCUUAAAGAUAUUGCAGAUGACUCUCGCUGCAACGGAUUCAGUGGUGCUGAUUUGGCAGCAUUGGUUCGAGAAAGUGCAGUAGCAUCAUUACGAAGCAAAUUCUAUUCUGCGGGAAGCGUUUUAAAUACAGAUGCCACAGCGGACGAGAUUUUCGUUGAAAAGGAACAUUUUGAUAUGGCAUUUACUAAAGUGUCACCGAGUGUAUUAUCUCAAGAUAAGCUACAAUAUGACAAGUUGCGAAAGAAAUUUGGAUAAAUCAAUAGAUGUCGAUUCUUCUUUUUCCUUCACCAUCUCCAUUAUUAGACGCACAAAGACUCCUUUGUUCCCUCACUCAAAGAAUCUAUCAUUUUGCAUUAAACUCCCUCUUGCAUUGUUAUAUACUAUAUUAAAAUACUAAUUUUUUUUGUCAUGGCUUAUAGAAG